CCCGGAGCCCCCCGCUGAGUGACCCGCACUGAGACGCAGCUCUGCGUGAGGAGGCAGCCGUUGGAUGGACCGAGGGACCGCUCCAAGGAACCAACGAAGCGAACUGUCUGCGAGCGAAGAAAAACUCGUGAACUUGUGUAGGACGUCCAGGAACUGAUCAGCACGAAUACCAUGAUGAUUAAGCCAUAUGUGAGACAAGGAGAGGGAGAGGAGGUCAUCAGUCCCCUGCAGUGGAUGGACGGGGACAUCAGCUCCCCCGAUGGAAACACUUCAGCCUCAUCUGACCACUAUAGAGCAGGUGGGCCAAACCAGCAGGCCAGGGACAUGGGGAGUGAGGACGCGGAGGAAGAUGAGGAGGACGAAGAGGAAGGGCGGGAGGACGAGAACGAGUCCAAGCGACGGGGGCCCAAGAAAAAGCGGAUGACAAAAGCCCGGCAGGAGCGGUUCCGCGCGCGGCGCAUAAAGGCCAACGCCAGGGAGCGCUCGCGCAUGCACGGCCUGAACGACGCCCUGGAAAACCUGCGCAGCAUCAUGCCCUGUCACUCCAAAACCCAGAAGCUGUCCAAGAUCGAGACGUUACGCUUGGCCCGCAACUACAUCUGUGCGCUGUCCGAGGCCCUGGAGGGGGGCCUGCCCACGGAGAGCAGGGCCUUCAUGGAGACGCUCUGCAGAGGCCUCUCACAGCCCACCACCAACCUGGUGGCCGGCUGCCUGCAGCUGGGCUCGGCUCCGGCCCCAGCAGUGAGGACCGACGACAGACAUGGUGUUCAGGCACCAAAUCCUCCUCUGGGCGCGGUGGUGAGCUACUCCUCCCCAGGCCUGCCCAGUCCCCCGUACGGCACCUUUGACUCGGCUCACCUGCUUCACCUGAGGGCGAUGAAAGGGGGGGUGUAUGAGAAUCACUCACCGAACGAGUACAACGACGGCGGCGUGGGGACCCCCCCGUACGACGGGCCCCCCACUCCACCGCUGAGCAUCAGCAGUAACCUGGUGCCCAAGCAAGAACCCUCGCCCCACUAUCCACCCCCACACCUCUACUCCCCCUCUGUGGGGCAGGGCCUGUAUCAGACUCAGAGCGGCUAUGACGUCCACUCAGAGAGGUCCUACGACCCCUAUCCACCACACAUGCCCCCCCGGCACAUAGCGCCCAUCUACAGGGACUGAAGGGGAUGAGGGGUUUGGAUUUGAUAAGACUGAAGACCUCCACAGACUGUUAGUAGAAGAAUUGUAGAACACAGUGGUUUAAUUACGAGAGGAGCACUUGCACAGUAGAUUAGCGCUGCUGAACAUUAGAAAAUACUUGACCUAAAACGAGACACUUCCUUAAAAUGGAUUUCCAUUCCAGCUGUGAGCAGCUGGAAGUCUUGCUUUAGUCCAUUCGUCCUGUUAUGAUUAAAGCACUUCUCAUUUUGCUUUGGUAACAUCACAUAUUCUGCGUAAGUGAAGAUAUUUGUUAUUUAUUCUUUAAUUUAAUACAUUGUAAAUGUACUGAUGUGUCUUUUAGGCUUUGCUUUUGUUUGUACAGUAUAUUUGGUCACGUUCUCUCUUUUGCUACUUAGUCUGAUAGUUUAUCUCUUACAGAAUAUUUCUGUUUUGUCCAUUUUUUCGUUGUGUACUAUUUAUUGCUUUACACGCACAAAACACAUUAACGUACCUGCCAUGACGUAGCCAAUCAGUGCACUAAUAUACCAAAAAAAUACAAGAAAAAGGCAAACAAACAGAAAACUAUGAGGUGAAAGAUCAACGUGAAGAAGCAACAAAGGUUUUUCUCAGGUGAUUCUUAUGUAAGUUAUAACAAAUGUUGCAUUGAACACAAUGAAAUUUAGUUUUUUCAAUUUUGUUUCUUUUUGGAAAAUUUGAUGUUAAUAAAAUAUUAAAAUGUCAACCAGGCAGUAGGUUUCGCAUUCACUAUCACCAUCAGACUGAGGGAUCCUGAUUACUUGCUACUUUGUUUCUCAUUUUCUCUCAGAUUUAG